AUGGAUCCCAAUGAAAUGCCUGCUGUGCCCUGCUGCCCCUCUGAUCCCCCCACUGGGCUUGAGACCGGGGCCCCAUGCGAGAUUGAACAUGGCCCCAAAAGAGCUGUAAGUCGCUGUGCCCGCUGCUACAACCACGGCUUCACUGACCAAGUCAAGGACCAGGAUCACUUCUGCCUCUUCAAAGCCUGCGAGUGUCACAAGUGUAUCUUCUUCUCGGAACACCACAGUGUCUUGCCUGCUGAGAGUGCCUUGAAGAGGGAGCAGGGGGCAAACCUAAAGAGGCACCUGGCUCAAGGACAGACAAGGAGUGAGGCCUCCCCUCCCAAAGCUCACAGCCAUGUCAAGAAGUUGACCAUUCAAGCCGGAGCCCUCAGCAAGCGCCCAAGGAGCUCUGCUGACCGGUCCUACCCCAAAAUCUUUGUCUCUGUCCUGGACUCCAGCAGCCUUGAAGACGCGACUAACAAUUUCUCUUUCCAGGAAGACCCACAGGGCUCCUGCCCUGCCCAGGAUGCUCCUGAAUCUUCUGACCAGGACUCGGAUUCUGCCUCAGAGUGGCAGCGGAAACUGGAAGCAGCCGAGGCUCUGCUGAUUCUGAGAGACUCUCCCCAGGCAUCUUCUGGCUCCAGCUCCGUGCUCCAUCCCUGCGUGGCGACAAAUCCUGCUGAAGAUAGAGGACCCCAGCCUCCUAACCCUUCUCUGCGACCCCGGGAGCCAGCUCCAUUUCUCUGCCUACUGGGCAUCUGGGGUGCAUCUCCCUCUUGACCUAGAAGCCCAGAAGAGGAGG